GUGCUGGUGCUGGUGUUGGUUUCGGUGAGCUGGGGGAGAGCAGACCAGCUGUGAAGAGGGAGCGAGUGUGAUCUCAGCUGCCUUCAACAACAAAACAUUAGAAAUGUCAUCUGUUCUAGAGACAAUGGGAACAGUGGUGGUUUCACCACCGAUACGUGGAACUGGAGAUGGAAUGGAGACAGAGGUGCCGUUAAAAUCUGUGGAGAUAAAGUCUCCUUUCCCCAAGGUCACGCACAGCCCAAAACGAAAAACUGUGCCCGUUCCAUCAUUAAGCCCAGGUGUUCUUCAGCUUGGUAAAAUUCAAGGUGACAAAGCAGUAGAAAUUGAAGCUGUAAGAAUUGUGGUACCUAAAUCCUCUAUAACCCAUGCACUUGGAGCUAAACAUACAAAACAUUUGGAGUCUAAUGGGCACAGUAUAGCAGACGUAGCCGAUGGUGCAACUGACCCUUGGAAGCAACUCUCUGAACUUAAAAGUGCUUUUGAAAAGCUGAAGAAUUCUGAGAAGAGGUUACUUCAAGAUAAAGAAGGUCUUUCUAAUCAGCUGAGAGUUCAGACAGAGGUUAAUCGAGAGUUGAAGAAGUUGCUUAUAGCAUCUGUUGGAGAUGAUCUUCAGUAUCACUUUGAACGCAUAGCUCGAGAGAAGAACCAACUUAUAUUGGAAAAUGAAGCCUUGGGAAGGAACACUGCUCAGCUUUCAGAACAGCUGGAGCGAAUGUCCAUACAGUGUGAUGUGUGGCGCAGCAAGUUCUUAGCCAGCAGGGUGAUGGCUGACGAAUUAACCAAUGUAAAGACAAAUUUGCAGAGACAAAACAGGGAUGCCCAAAGUGCACUUCAGGAUUUAUUAAGUGAAAGGGAACAAUUUCGCCAGGGAGUGUGUGAAACACAAAAGUUGUUGGAAGAGUUGCUGGUCUCCUUGCAGUGGGGGAGACAACAGACUUACUUCCCAGGAGCUCAGCCUCACACCACAGCAGAGCUGGUUGCUGCAAGUCUCAAACUGGCAACAGCAGUGAAAUCACAUCUUAUUGGAACUACUGGCUCUGACAGUCCCAAACAGACACCUACACCAACAGAGUUUUCUAGCACGCCAGCUGAGAAAAUGGCAGAAAUGGUAUUGAGAGUUUUGGACCCAAUUGCCUGUACUGAAACUUCACCGGACAUUUCGUUCCCAGAGUCCCCAUCUUCAUCCAUUUUGGCUGCAAAGAAAAAUAUUGGACGAUUUCAUCCAUACACAAGAUACGAAAACAUAACUUUCAAUUGCUGCAAUAAAUGCAGCGGUGAAUUAAUUGUCUUGUGAGGUCAUAAGGAAUCCUAAUCAUUCCUUAACAUCAGUGUUUUCAGUGGUAUGAGUAUGCACAAUUUACAGAGCGGAGGACUUCAUCUGAAUCUCUUUCUUAAAACGCCUGACCUCAUGAUAAAGUGACUAAAAAGUACAUUGUUUGAAUUAAUAUUGACUUUCAAAGUCUGCAAAGCAUUAUCAGGAAAUUUAUAUUUUAGUUUCAGCAGAAUACCACUUUAAAUACUUGAAUCUGUGGAACUGGCAUAUUACUUUUACAGUUUCACUUCUUUCAGGAUUUGUUACAGUAUUUUUGAGGAGAAAAUUUAAAUGCUAUUUAAAUAGGAACAUUUCUAUAAAAGAAAGUCCCCGUUCUAUGUACUGAUUAUUUUCGGCUAUUAUUUUUUGUUGUUUUCAGACUAACUUUCAUCAUUAUCACGUUUUAUUGAAACAUGAAAACAGGGGUGUGCAAUUCCUAUUGCCUGACGCCAUGAACAUGUAGUUCCAGGCACCGGGCAGUCAGGCUUUUUUUUUUUUUUAUUACUUUAGCCCUGCCGUGAGCAUGCAGCAAGGCUGCUGCAAAGGGGGACAGGCCAGGCC